UUUGAAAUCACCAGUUUCACUAACAUUCAACCUUCAAAACUUUCCUUAAUUACAAAGUCAUGGCUGACAUCUUGUUCGUUAGUAAUCUAGCCGUGAAAGCCGGGAAGAUGAUUGAAGCUGGCUUCUCAAAAAGUAUUCCGUAUGACAAGAAAGAAUCAUAUGCUGACUUGGUAACUGAAGUGGAUAAAGCUGUCGAGAAUUAUAUCUGUCAAGAAAUCCUUUCAUCGUUCCCUACUCACAAAAUUAUUGCAGAGGAAGGGUAUUCUGGAAACGCCGAGCUUACUUGUUCGCCUACAUGGAUAAUCGACCCGAUUGAUGGAACCUCAAACUUUGUUAGCAGGUUCCCUUUUGUUUGCGUUUCAAUUGCUUACUAUGUUAACAAAGAGCCCGAGCUAGCUGUUGUUUAUAAUCCGAUAUUGAAAUGGCUGUUUCAUGGAAUUCGUAAUCAAGGAGCAUUUCUGAAUGACAAACAAAUUCAUACAUCAAAACUUCAGGAUCUGUCUCAGGCUUUGGUUUUGACCGACUGGGGAGGUGACCGAAAUCCAAGUGUUUUAGAUAUUAAGUCAAACAAUAUUCGCCAAAUAAUAUCGAAAGCUCGUGGUAUUAAUUGCCAAUAUUGCGCCUGUAGUGUGAAAUCCAGGAGCUUUUCAAGUUACGAAAGUCUGAAAAUCAUGUCAGAUCAUUCAGCUUGAUUUUUUUCGAAAAUUAGCAUUGCCGAAAUUAGUUGUUGGUAUUUCAAACGUAAAACUAUUGUUUGAAAGUUAUUUGAUUGAGUAAUUUUUUAUUUUGCAACUUAGAGUGCGCACCAUGGGUUCAGCAGCUUUGCAUAUGUGUCAGAUUGCUGCCGGUAAUGGUGAUAUAUUUUUCGAAUUUGGAAUUCACUGUUGGGAUUAUGCCGCAGCUGUAUUGAUUGUUCGUGAAGCAGGAGGUUUUUGUUGUAAUUUUGACGGUAAACCUGUAGAUUUAAUGGCGAGAAAUGUUAUAUGUGCGGGAACUCCAGAACUAGCUAACGCUCUUAUUCCUCUUAUUCAACCAGUUGGUUACGCGAGAGACUGAUAGAAGAAGCAGAAUCACGCAAAUAUAUCUAUUGAGGAAAAAGGAGCCAGAGACAAUCAAAAUUUAGAAUUUUUCAUUUAUUUGUUGAUUCUUUUAAUCUGUUGGCUAGUUUUUUCCAUGUGUUUAUUUACGUUCAAAAAGGUUCAAUGAAAGUUGUACCUUUGGUCUUAGAAAUGCCGUUGUGAUUCCUUCUUUACUUCUUCAAUGCAGCAUUUAUUUUCACUUGUAUGUGUGUAUGUCUAUUUAUCUAUUGAGUGUUUAUCGAAAAAAAAGAAAUAUGUGCAUAGAUGAAAGAACUCAAAGAGCUGUUAUAUUACAAUAAUUAGUAGUGUUUAGUUUUAAAUGUUUUUCCCACUUUCCUUUCUACUAAAAUCGGAUUAUUUUUUCUCACAGCUCAGAAGUUGGUUACUAUUUUCCUAUUGAUACACGCCUUUUUCCGUUCCUGUUGAGUUUUUUCUCAAGAAGUGUUUUUUAAAGCGGUCUCCUCUUUGGAUGACAAACCAGUCACAUUUUAGAAUACAACUAUGCUUGUUUCUUGUGUUUGACUAGAUGGCGUCUCGCUUGAAUUUUCAAACAAAUUUGGAUAAACCAUAAGA